CACAGGUUUCCAAACUUUCAAAGUGAGCAGACAGCGAGGGAGACGGUGUGUCGGAGGGCCCGAGUGACGGAGUGAAAUCAAACUGUGGACAAACCGCAGAAGCAAACAUAAAACCUAGAGUGGACAAAGAAAGCAGCAGAGUCACUGCGGAUCGUUUUCAGGGGAAAUCCUGCACCACAACGGGUUUGUUUUCUAUUCUUGUCCCCCCCUCCUCUCACAUCUCGAUGCUUUGCUUUGGGAUUUGUGCUCUGAGACCAAAUUCCUCUCCUGAUGCUUCUCUCCUCUGUUGGCUGAAGUAUUUUCAGUUUCAGUUUUUGUCCAGAACUUUGCAGACCAACAAACUGAGACAGACAUUUGCAGAAUUUGACCUGGACUAAACCUUUUCUGGGAUGAAUUUAACCAAGCCUAGCCUUUCUAGAGUCAGCCAGGUGUCUCUUGGGGGCCCCUGGACUUCAAGGACCCCGAGUCCUGCUUCUGAUUCUGAAAUGGGUUUUGAACAGAACCUCUCUGAGGAUUGCAGUUCUCCAGACAGAACUGGGAAUAUGAGGAGAGGGGAACCAAGGAUGUGUUUGACGCACAGUUCAGGGGGACAGAGUCCUGAUCUGAACCAGGCUGGAGGCACGUCAGCGGGUGAUGGGAAAGCUGCGGGGGCUGAGCAGAGGAUUCGCAGGCCGAUGAAUGCCUUCAUGGUCUGGGCUAAAGAUGAGAGGAAGCGGCUGGCCCUGCAGAACCCAGACCUACACAACGCUGUGCUCAGCAAGAUGCUCGGUCAGACGUGGAAGGCCCUGAGCGCCGUAGAGAAGCGACCAUUCAUAGAGGAAGCAGAGCGUCUUCGUGUCCAACACCUCCAGGAUCACCCAAACUACAAGUACCGACCUCGCCGCAAAAAAACCACCAAGAAGCUUAAACGUGUUGAACCAGGGCUUCUGCUGCACAGCUUAGCCCAGGGUGGGGCACCAGGCUUGGGUUUAGGACCUGGUGUCAGUCCUUUGGGUGCAGAAAAUGUCUCUGGAGGUUCUGCUUAUGGGCAUCCAGGUGUCCAAACUCCACAUCAUCACUCUCAUCACCUGCUUCCAUCUCUGGGCCAUUUCAGGGACCUCCAGGCCUCAGGACACUCAGAGCUAGAAAGCUAUGGUUUGCCCACUCCAGAAAUGUCCCCACUGGACAUUCUGGAAGAUGGAGCUGGGGAAUCUGUGUUUUUUCCCCAACAUAUGCAGGAGGAGGGAGGGAUGGGAGUUUGGAGUGGGUACCAACACAACCUUCACCAUCAUAAUCAGCAUUACACCCACCACUACAACAACCACAGCCACCACAGCUCCAUACACGGCCAGGGUUCAGGAAUGACUAUAAGCACCAGAAUGACUUCUACUGAAUCGAAUAUGAUGUCGAGUAUGAGCUCUGUCACUUCACUCAGCUCCAAGCUAAAUCUCACGCAUGUUUCUGGUCACCAGGUCACUUUAAGAAGUCCCGUAAAGUGCCCGCCACCACUGCCCGAUCCUUCCUCCCCAGUUUCAUACCACCAGUCCUGCAACAGCCUCUCUGAGCCAAUAAAAUGCCACCAGCCCCCACUGAGCUCUGCUCCUGUUGGUUAUUUCACUCAGCUGUAUGGAAACGGCACCCCUAAAGCUCCUCAUUUCACUUCUUCUCAUCUGGGGCAGCUUUCACCUCCUCCUGAAACGACUUCUUCCUGCUCAACCUCGUCCAUUCCCCCUCCAUCAAGUUUCCCUCCCUCUGUGAAUUUGGAUAAUUCAAAUCUGGAUUCCUCUGGACAGCUGGGGGCUUCAUCUGCUGAAUUUUGGGCUGAAGUGGACAGGCAUGAAUUUGACCAGUAUGUAAAUGUUCGGAGGAAUCGAGAUGAGGCUUAUGGACUGGGCGGGGAAUGUGGUGGUGUGUCCAAGAUUGUGGGUGGGCGUAGUAGCAGUAUUGUUGGAAGUAGCAAUAACAGUAUUGUUAGAAGUGCAGUUAAUAGGGAUGUUGGUGGUGUGGUGGGUGGCGUUGGUGGGUGUGAUGAUGGAAGCAGCCCUCUUAUAUCUGCUCUGUCUGAUGCAAGCAGCGCUGUCUAUUACAGCACCUGUAUCACUGGAUAAAUACUCUGAAAUGUAUGAUGAGACAGCAUACAAAGGAAGUAUACUGGAAAAACUAUUUGGGUCAUACUUUAUUGAAAGCAUUUCAACGAGCCCUUCGCUAGCUUUCAAAUCUUUUGGUUUCAGGAACCCUUAUGUGUGUUGACAUGCCUUUCAAUGUUCAGUUAUUUUAGUUCUUGGUAUGUUGUAGAAAACAAAGCAUUUGAAAUCAUGAAAAUAAUCUCAGUUGGGCUUCACAACAAUUUAUGGCAUAUUUUUUGUUGAUUGGGAACAUGAAACUUAGCUCAGUGAAAGACUUCCAAGAUUCAUUUACAGUAUUUUUCUUAGUGUUGUUGGGAAAGUUUUGGGCAAACACCAACAUGUCAGAUAUCUGUCUAACCUAUCAGAAUGUUUCACCUUUCUGACCGGGAUGUUCCCUGUCGGGGAACAUCCUGGUCAGACUCUACUGACACACAUGGGUGUGUUGCUGAUUCCAAGAACACUAUUUCUAACUAGCUUCUGAUAUAUCUUUAACUGGGCUUAGUUUAAAACUUUAGUACUGUCUGUCUCUGAUCACAGGUCAUGAUUGUACUCAUGGCCUUUGCAAGUAAUCAGCUCUAUUCAUGCAAAGCAACCUCACACAAACAGAUGUUGGAGAUCAGUAGCGCAGUCAUGAAUUUUGGGAACAUUGGUUUGAUGUAGAUGUUUACUGUAUACUUUUGAAGAUGCUAUGCUUCUUGACAGGAUGUGAAGGAGAAAGUGAAACUAUGAAAUGUUCUCUUUGCACUGGGUUUGAUGUCUUGUUUCAUAUAUAGAAGUAAAAAUACUCAUAAUUUGAAAUAUCUUUUUGUGACUGUUUGUCUUGUUUUUUUCUGUCUUCUUUACUGAGUCUUAUUUUUCUUAAAGGAAAAUAAAGAAAUUAUACUUUCUUGCUGAGAGUUUGACGAGUUGAUUGAUAUAAUUCUAAUAUUCAUGUGGUCAGUGCUGGAGUUAAUUAGCCCAGCUAAGCAUAAGAACAAGAAAGUCUUGUGUUCGUCAGAAAGUGUGAUAAAUAUAUUUAUUCUGUUACAUGCGUCUGAUCUGGGGUUGUUUAUUUUCUUUAUUUAAACUAUGAAAAGAACUAUAAAAUGUUAAUGUUAUGUAUCAUAGGGCAUCUGCUUGUCAUAUAUUUUCCUCUGUCCCUGCCUGACACCAUCUGUUCCUCUCCCUAUCAUGUUCUUACCUAGCAGGGCUUGCUCUGUUUUAUUUGUGUGUUUUUUUUCUGUGUUUUGAAGCAAAUAGAAAUCUUUGUUAUGUAACGUUUCAUGUAUAAAUUGAAUAAUUGCUCGUGUAAAGGUGCCGGCAGAUCUUUUGUGAGUUCAGUUUUUGCCCACUUAGAGCUGUUGUAAACCUGACACAAAGAGAUGAUGCAUGUGUGAACUAUGUAACCUUCAUUUCAAAAGUGUUGGAGAAGUGCUUUUCCACUGAACUUUGUUUGCUGUUCAUCUAUUAUGAAUUUAUAAAGUGAUGAUGUCCUAUAGAUGUUACGUUUUGCUAAAUGAGUAACUUAUCUUGCCAAUGUUUAAAUGAACAUAAAUUAGUGGUUUUGUUCAUACUGAGAAAAUGAAAAAUCAUCACCCUCUCUGUAUGUUUACAUAGCAUCGUUUUGUAUACAGUGGAAACAAAAACCAGAAGUCUCUUCUCAAAGGGCUCACAUCUGUUUUGCAUCAGUCCUAAAGACAAUGCCGUUUUUUCUUUUCUCUACAUGAAACUGAAGGACAGCGUCAAGGAUAUGUACAGGAAAAGCAGUUGUAUUCACCACACUGAUCCCUGUGGCUUUUUCCAAACAUUUUCUAUUAGAGGAUGAGCCCCAAGGAAGCUAAAUAUUAAAAAAUAAAAUAAUAAAAGCCAUGUACAUCUGCAUUUGA